UGCGAAUGAUUCAAUAGAACCACAGGGCAUUUAUUUACUCAGUGAAAGUAUUUAAACUGAGUUAAAGGCAAGAAGUGUCAGAGAACAGAUUUGGUCAAAAAAGGAUGAAGUGCAUUGUGGUUCUGCUGGCGUGUGUGGCUCUUGGGUGGGCACAGUCAUGCAACCCCCAGCCAGGAGCACAAAAUCUGGCGAUAUCGGGAGCGGUCAGGCAGAGCUCCACCUAUGCGGCCCAGUACCCAGCAGAAAAGGCAGUCGAUGGUAUAAAAGACACAAACACGUUUGCGCGCCCCUGCGCAAUUACUGGGUAUGACAAAGGCCCAUGGUGGCAGUUGGACCUGAAGAAGAACUACAGGGUCGGUUCCAUGGUCAUAGUGAACAGAGGGGACUGUUGCGCCGAUCGACUGAAAGGAGCAGAGAUCCGGGUUGGAAGUUCCCCAGAUAAUAACAACCCAGUAUGUGGCACCGUCACUGACGUCUCCCAACUCACCCUCACUCUGUGCUGUAAGGGGCUGGAGGGCCGCUAUGUGAGUGUGGUGAUUCCUGGGCGCAAUGAGUAUCUCCAGCUCUGUGAAGUGGAGGUUUAUGGGGAGGAAGUUACAACAAAGGAAGAACAAAAGCUGUGUUGGUAGCCACACAUUACACUGGGCAGAUAAAAGGGAAACCAAGAGGAAAUAAAUACACUGUAUCUGCCCCCCCCCCCUUUAUUGCUGGUUUAUGUAUGUUUGGGGCAAUAUUCUGUUUUUUCUAGUAUUUUUAAACUAAAAAGACAAACCAUAAACGAAUAUGAAAUUGAAA